GUUUGAUAGCAACCGUUCGUUGAAUUCAACAGUUCGAUAACAUUCCACGACAGAGUUUUCUGCAAUUUGAGAAGAUAUUACCAUUUUACCAUUAUUACCAUUACCAUUACAUAUUACCAUUUUAAUCAGAUUGUAUUUUUUAAAAACUGUUGUGUUGACAUCCGUGUUUAGUUGCUUCACAGAAGAGAGUUUCUAUCGCAAAACAAAGGUAGAGGCAGGAUGAGUGCGGGUAGGAGAUCCAAUCUGCUGGACAUUGGAAUCAUGGCGCGGUGUUGGGUGAAGGAUUUGCUGUGUGAGGAGAACCAGGCAGAGGAACCAGAAGCGACUUGGACUAUCAGCACAAAAAAUUUAAACAUUGUUGACAUGCAUUCCACAUUCUCUCCGCAACCUUUCACGUCAGAGGACCACAUCACCUGUACAGUGGUACUGAACAAAACAACUUUCACCAACAAGUCCAGCCUCAAGCAGAAGUUCAACUACUGCCCCUAUGUUGUCACGCAGGCAGUUUACAAACUGACCAUCGAUAAAAGUUAUGGGAUUGACAAUGCCACCGUGUCCAAGACUAACGUUUACGUACCUAGUCAGUUUUUUCACAUCAGUCCCAAAUUGCAGGAUGUCAACUCGGUACGCCGAGAAAUGAAACUAGAGAUGGUGUGGAGCACAGACUGCGAUGUUGAAGUGCCUCCAAACAAAUCCAUCGAGGCAACUCUAACAGUUCUCCAGAAGUUGUAUUCAGCUCGUUUCACUGUAAAGACCCGAAUGUCAGGCAAAGUUGGAAUAAUGGACCAGAACGACGUCACGAGACAUUAUGAAAUUGGAAUCGUGGAUUUAAUAAAAUACGAAAUGGCCAAAAACCGACUCAACGUCAAGGAGUUCGAUUUCACGAUGGACGACGAUGUGGUAUAUUUUACAACAUACGGUAAUUGUGGUUUUGAAUACUAUGCUGAUAAAGUCAU